UUAACUCCAUUGACUCACAAAGGUUACAUUGAUUAUGUAGGUCUACUGUCCUGUGGUUUGUGGUGUCGUGCAUAAUUGAAGGCAUGGAAUUACCGCCACUGACAAACUUAGCCAGCAGUUAAUGACAGUAUAAUAGUACCUGUAAAGCGUCUGUGGCAACGGAUAGUCUACCAGACAUAAUUGUCAGCUUAUCUGCAAUGAUUUACUUUGCUGAACACAACAGUGGAUAGAGUUUGUAAUGGACUUACUCCCCCAUCUAGGUCUAACAUCAAAUUAAUAACCAUACACGUACACUUAGACAACCACUAGUGUUGAUGGAGAUAAACCUACGAUUGGACAAAACGUCCCUACGAGUCAUUUCAGGGCAAGUAAAGCUGGUUUCAUCAACAUUGCAGCCUUAUGAAGAUUUGUAUUCAAAUGCAUACGUCUCUAAACAUGAAGAGAGAGACAGAGACUUCAAUGCAAUAUCCAAUAAUGACAGUGAUAUAAACAUUAGAGAUAUACCAUCAUUAAAGAAUAUUUGCCUUCCCUUGUGUCCAUUGCACAAGAUAGCAAAGUAGGCCUAUUUGACAACUAUGAAUGCUUUUGAAAAGUAGUAAUGCAUUUGAAAAGUAUUUGGAAUGCUAUGUUUGAAAAGUCUCUCAGAAUAUUUACGAAGUGAAGUAUUGACACAGUUUUUAAAGUUCUCAAAUGCAAAGCAAAAUACUUAUUGUGUGGUUACUUCACUGAUACGGUACCCAUUUGGUGUCCACCUUCUUCUCAUAUGAGCCAAGCUCAGUUCUAGUUUUAAAAACAAAAUCAUAAUUCGAAAUACUAUGUGAAAGUGAAUUUUAUGCGUAAUUUGUUUAAUCUAUUUAGGAUUUGGCCAACAUUUCGUGUUGGAUUAUUUUAUAUUUGAGAAGGCAGCAUCAUAAUAUUCUUAGAGAGGGUCAGAGGCCAACUUUCUGUGAUUUAGGCAGGCCUAACCAUUAUUGUUUACUGCUAUUAUUAUUGUAGGCUAUUUCUACCUCUGAAAAAAAUGAUGCUAAUAAUAGAACUAUAAUGACACUGUGUAAUUCACAUAAGAAGGGUUUGUGUUGCAAUUUUUGCUGCAAUAUCAAUGACAUUGGUAACACAACAAGGGAGAGAGUGAGAGAGAGAGAAAUUAAAAUUGAAUUUAGAGAGAGGGAGAGAGAGAGAGAGAGAGAGAGAGAGAGAGAGAGAGAGAGAGAGAGAGAGGGGGAGAGAGAGAGAGAGAGAGAGAGAGAGAGAGAGAGAGAGAGAGAGAGAGAGAGAGAGAGAGAGAGAGAGAGAGAGAGAGAGAGAGAGAGAGAGAGAGAGAGAGAGAGAGAAAGAGAUUAUGCACACAAUGGCGACCGAAGGUAUGUUUCAAAACCUUUGGUUCCUUAUCCGGGGACUAGCUCUCACUCUGCCAUUGGGCCGUGGGGUCACGUGGUAAAACUAACUUUACAAGGGCUGCUCGCAAGUAGGAGGGCUAUAUGGAGCAGAAAAACGACAAAGCUAGAAAAAUAAAUUUCCACUGCAGAAAUUAAUGAUCAUGAGCUCGUAUUUGAUGGACUCUACCUACAUUGAUCCGAAAUUUCCUCCAUGCGAGGAAUAUUCACAAAACAGCUACAUCCCCGAGCACAGCCCCGAAUAUUACAGCCGCGCCAGGGACCCUGGCUCUGGUUACCAGCAUCACCAUCAGGAGUUAUACCCUCCACGGGCGAGCUACCAAGAGCGCCAAUAUAAUUGUGCAAGCAUCCCUGAACCUGACACGCAAAAGGGACAUGGACUACCCCAUUCUGCGCACCUGCUUGCAGGGAAAGGGCAGCCAUCCUCAUGUGAGACCCCACAGUUACCCAUGUCCCCCUCCACUCCACCAGCUGCAUCCUCCGCCUGCAACCAAGCUACACCGGAGCAUCCAAACAGCUCAGCCUCCUCCAAGCAGCCCGUGGUAUACCCAUGGAUGAAGAAAAUUCACGUCAGCACCGCGAACCCGAAUUACAAUGGACCGGAUUCCAAGCGGUCUAGGACAGCCUACACUCGACAGCAGGUCUUAGAAUUGGAGAAGGAGUUCCACUAUAACCGCUAUUUAACUCGACGGAGGCGCAUUGAGAUAGCCCAUACAUUGGUUCUCUCCGAACGACAAAUCAAGAUUUGGUUUCAGAACCGCAGGAUGAAGUGGAAAAAAGACCAUAGGCUUCCUAACACCAAAGUGAGAUCCUCCACCACGGGCGUAUCCUCCGGGUCCAACGCAACCUCAUCAGCCGGCGUUGUCGCCACUUCCUCGGCCACUGGUAGCAUUACUCCCGAUGAACUGUCCGGAGUAGAGGAUGGCGAGGAUAUUACAAGGUUAUAAGGCGAAAAGAAAACCACUUCAAGAAGGGGAAUAGAGAAUGACUGAUUAUUUAUAGUAUAUUAUAUAUUUUGUUUUCGUAGGUAUUUGUGCGGUUUCAUUUAAGUCCAAAGUUAUAUAAAAUGCAUGUUAUAUAGCAUGGAUUUAUACGAAUACUGAUGGGUUAUUUUUACGUGACACAGGGUUUAAGUUAUUUAAUGCUGAAUCAAGAUGAUGUUUUUUUAUGAGAAAAAUGUUUUGAAUGAAGGAAAAUAAUGUACAUUUUAUCUAACUGUUAUUGUGAGCCAUUUGUUUGCCCUACCGCCCAAGUUGAUAUGCACAAUCUAUUUAUUUCAAGCUCAACACUGGAAGAAUAUCAUUAUUAGGCAAUCAUAGUUAUUUUUGGUAAAAAUGCUGGAACGUACCGAUGGAACAUUGAUCUUGAACGCAUAUGUUUAGGAUUAUAACAAGGUGAAUUAGCUCCUUGCUUUCAGAAACAGGAUUUUUAAUUACAAUCUAGUUUGUGGUGUGUUUAGCAGAUUAUUGUGAAAUGCAAUACACAGAGUUUAGUGUAUUUGUGAUAAUCAUAUUGGUCAAUAAAACAGUGAGUGUACUAGUUUUA